AUGUAUUUAAAAUCAAUAUUCUGUUGGAUUAUUGUCAUUUGUUGUAUUAACAUAUAUAUUAUCAGUCGAUAUUCUUUCGUUCAACAACAGAAUAAUGAAUGUAUUAUCGAUCGAUUAAAUGCUACAGAAAUAUGGACAUCUCAAUUUUUAGAAAAUAGUAUUCAUUUAGUAAUUGUUACAGCAAAUAAUGAGUUCAAUGAUAUGGCUUUAAAUCUAAUUAAAUCUAUUCUUUUUCAUCGACGAAAAUCUUACAAUUUAACGUUUCAUAUUUUCACAGAUUGUCAAGGAAGAAUAACUCUUUCAAAUUAUUUCAAAUAUCUCAAUAAUGAUUGUACUGAAUUUCGAUUAUAUCCACUUGAAAAUCUUAUUAAAAGUAGUCAAAGUUUUUUGGAUAGACACCAUAUAACUAAUACUCAUUAUUCUGGACUAUAUGCAUUCUCAAAAAUUUUUAUACAUGAAUAUUUACCAUCUGAUAUAUCUCAUAUUAUACUUUUGGAUGCUGAUAUCAUUGUUUUAGAUGAUAUAUAUUCGAUAUGGCAACAAUUUCUAUUGUUUACAUCCAAUACCACUGUAUUGGGAUUAGUACCGUGGUAUCCAUCGUUACCGAUUGAUUAUAAAUACAAUGGUUUAUUACCUGAUCCAUAUAUAACAGGCGUAGUUCUCUAUGAUAUUAAAAUAUGUCGAUCAAUCAACUUUACAAAACUGUUAAGUGAUGCUACUAAUAAUGCAUUCAAUCAAUUCCAAUUGAAAAGCUUCAUAACAGCAGAUCAAACUAUUUUGAAUCUUUUCGCAAUGUACUAUCCAAAAUAUAUUGUUGCUCUACCAUGUUAUAUUAAUGGACAUACUUAUCAUUAUUUGAUAGAUGGUCCAACAUGGAAAUCCGCUUGUAAAAAUCAAUAUCCACGUACUACGCAUGUUGUUCCAUCUAAACGCUUAAAAGAUCCGCUUGAUUAUUUCGGACAUUUGUAUAUAUUUUACAAAAAGAUGCCAAUUGAAUGGCUUUCUUAUUGUGGAAGUACUCGCUUCAAAUUAUUGAUCAAAUGA